AUGAACGCGAUCGGCGGCGUGAUAGAUGCCGAACAGGAAUUGGAAUACGUUUUGGAGGUGCCGGUCGACCACGCGACCGCGUUGCAGGACAAGCUGAUGCUGACCGGCGUGCCGGAACGGUGCAUCAGGGUGGCUAGGCCGUCGCGGCACGCUCAGGUCAGCCAAUCGGAUACCGGACCGGAACCGAACGACUAUCAACCGUCGCGGGCCAAGCCGUUCACCCGUUUUUUGCCGGGCGCCAUAAAGCUGGGCACGUACGCCGAAGGCAUGUACAACGUGACCAUACGUCGACGGCCGUUGCCGGAGGGCCGCGAGACGGUAUGCAUAUCGCUGUCGUCGCCGUCGGCGGCGGAGCAGGCGGCCGAGGUGGAAAUUGUCACGGCCGAGAAGAUCGUGACGCCCGGACGGGACGAUCAGCAGCACUCUGCUAACCAAUCGCGUUCGGUCAUGGACGGUGGCGGCGGCGGUGGUGUCGUCAACGACGAUGACGGCGAACCGGUAACGAUACCGAUUUGCCAUUGCGACGAUACCGAGUGCGAGAAUUACCGCAUGAGAGUUUGCGAGUAUUUCGCGAACAGCGGCACGAACUACACGAACGUCUGCGGUGCCACGGAUUGCGUUCACAAGCAGAUUGUCGACGCGCUGAAGUUGACGGAAAGCUCCAGCACCGACCGCGUCGCGCCCGCGGACACCGUCGAAACCACCGCGGCCCCAACGGCCGCCGCCACUAACGGACCGGCGAAACGCGACGUCCCGGCACAGCCCAGGACCGCCGACCCGGGCCCGCGAUCGGUCAAGAGCCGUAACGUGGCCAACGAACCGAAGCCGGUUACACGGACGGUCCCGGCAGACGACACCGCGGUCAAGAAGAAAAAGUGGUCGAUGAAAAAGAAGGUGGACUCGCGCAAGGACGACGGGCAUUCCUGUCCGACCAACGUGAACAGUGUCUGUGACUGUAAGACCGUAACCGGGAAUACGGGUUUCAAAAACGUGGACGCAUCGCUGAAGACGGCGAAAUUAAAUCCGCGAUCCUAG